GCCCAUCGAUCCUUCUAGAAGUCGCCGGCAGACUAGUGCUACCAGGUGUCUACCAACACUCCGCUUCUUCACGGAUAAAAGUCUGAAUUUCAUCGGUGGACGCUUCUGAAGUGUCGCCGUCUUUCGGGCAAUAUGUCCGCUAUGGGGCAACUCGCCUUCGAUGAGUAUGGACGGCCGUUCAUCAUCAUCAAAGAUCAGGAUAAAAAGACUCGGUUAUCGGGCCUUGACGCACUGAAGUCUCACAUCAUGGCAGCAAAGGCAGUUGCCUCGACGCUGAGGACCUCUCUAGGACCAAACGGUUUGGACAAGAUGAUGGUUGACCGGGAUGGAGAGGUGACCGUCACCAACGACGGAGCCACCAUCCUCAGCAUGAUGGAUGUGGACCACCAGAUCGCCAAGCUCAUGGUGGAGCUCUCCAAGUCUCAGGACGACGAGAUCGGAGACGGGACCACCGGAGUCGUUGUGCUGGCUGGUGCUCUCCUGGAGGAGGCAGAGCAGCUGCUGGACAGGGGCAUCCACCCCAUCCGUAUCUCUGACGGGUAUGACCAGGCCGCCAAGAUCGCCAUCGCACAGUUGGACAAGAUCAGUGAGACCUACCCGUACGACCCUAGCAACACAGAGCCACUCAUCCAGACUGCCAUGACCACACUGGGAUCCAAAGUGAUCAACCGCUGCCACAGACAGAUGGCGGAGAUUGCAGUGAACGCUGUCCUGACUGUGGCGGACAUGAACCGUAAGGAUGUGGACUUUGAGCUGAUCAAGAUGGAGGGCAAGGUGGGAGGCAAGCUGGAGGACACACAGCUCAUCAAGGGAGUCAUCAUAGACAAGGAGUUCAGCCACCCUCAGAUGCCCAAGCUCCUGAAAGACACAAAGAUGGCCAUCCUGACCUGUCCGUUUGAGCCCCCUAAGCCCAAGACCAAGCACAAGCUGGACGUGACCUGUGUGGAGGAAUACAAGGCCCUGCAGAAGUAUGAGAAGGACAAGUUCCUGGAGAUGAUUAAACAGAUCAAGGAUACUGGCGCUAACCUGGCCAUCUGCCAGUGGGGCUUUGAUGACGAGGCCAACCACCUGCUGCUGCAGAAUGAACUGCCUGCCAUCCGCUGGGUCGGAGGGCCUGAGAUCGAGCUGAUUGCCAUAGCGACAGGAGGCCGCAUCGUGCCACGGUUCUCUGAGCUGACCGCUGAGAAGCUGGGCUCAGCCGGUGUCGUCAAGGAGAUCUGCUUUGGCACAACCAAGGACCGCAUGCUGGUCAUCGAGGAGUGCAAGAACUCCAGAGCAGUCACCAUCUUCAUCCGUGGAGGAAACAAGAUGAUCAUUGAGGAGGCUAAGCGUGCGCUGCAUGAUGCACUGUGUGUCAUCCGUAACCUGGUCAGAGACAACCGCAUCGUGUACGGGGGCGGAGCCUCUGAGAUCGCCUGUGCCCUCGCUGUCAACCAGGCCGCUGACAAGUGCCCGUCCCUGGAGCAGUAUGCCAUGCGUGCAUUUGCUGAUGCCCUGGAGGUGAUCCCCAUGGCCCUGGCAGAGAACAGCGGGCUUAACUCCAUCCAGACCAUGACAGAGGUCCGCGCCAGGCAGGUCACCGAGAACAACCCCGCCCUGGGCAUCGACUGUCUGCACCUCAACACCAACGACAUGAAGCAGCAGCAUGUAAUUGAGACACUGCAUGGGAAGAAGCAGCAGAUCUCUCUGGCCACCCAGGUGGUCAAGAUGAUCCUGAAGAUUGACGACAUCAGAAGCCCGGGAGAGUCUGAGGACUAAGGACCCCACCCAGACACCUACCCCCACUGAGCGCGUGCCAGGCUCGGCCCAGUCUUCUAGAACUCAGCAGUGUUCUAAUCUAGAAUAUUCCGGAACGGAGGUGUUCUAUAAUUACUGCUUUAGAAUGUUCUAGAACUCUACUCUGCGAAGUUCUAGAAGUUCUAGAUUUCGUCCGUGUUCUAGAAUGUUAAGUGUCAUAGGCCUUUAGGGACUUGUCCAGCACAGUCUCCAACCCUGCGUACCAUUAUUUAUCAUUUGAUACUGAAACUGCCCUCUCCUUCAAACUGAUGUAGUGCUGAAGUCAUCAAUAAAAUGUUGGUCUGUGAAAUUUC